UGGCCAUGCAAUAUUAUGUUGCCGGAGUGAUGGCCCUAGUAUAUUAUGUUGCCAGGGUAAUGGCCCUACAAUAUUAUGUUGCCAGGGUGAUGGCCCUACAGUAUUAUGAUGCCAGGGUGAUGGCCUUACAAUAAUAUGUUGCCGGGUAAUUGCCCAACAACAUUAUGUUGCCAGAGUGAUGGCCCUACAAUAUUAUGUUGCCUGGGUGAUGGCCGUACAAUAUUAUGUUGCCAGGGUGAUGGCCUUUCAAUAUUAUGUUGCCGGGGUGAUGGCCCUACAGAAUUAUGAUGCCAGGGUGAUGGCCCUACAAUAUUAUGUUGCCGGGGUGAUGGCCCUACAAUAUUAUGUUGCCUGGAUAAUGGCCCUACAAUAUUAUGUUGCCAGGGUGAUGCCUUCUCAGUAUUGUUAUAUUGCCAGAGUGAUGCCUUCACAAUGCCGAGAAAUACGGACUACACUCACCUCUGCAACUCACAUGGACACCCUCAUCAUUGCUGCCUCGGCCGCAAUUUGUGGCACCGUCAUCCUUGCAGUUAUGAUGUUUAUCUGCUGCAGCAGGAGGCAGAGUGUCCAACAGAGAAAGCAGGGCAUACCAGCCAUACUCAACCCAUCGUCGCCGCCUCUGGCCUCUCUGGGUACUCUAGGCAGUGGAAUAAACCCUGACUGGGACUCUGUCUCUAUGUACUCCCAGAGGUCAAUUCCUAGAGCCAAGAUGUACCACAUGGAGAAAGACCUCAGCAUGUCGCGUCAGUCACUUGCGGCUCCUCAGUUCGGUGUUGGGAGGCUAGGAUCUCUUCCUGUGAACCCCAGCGACUACGGAAUGGGUGCUUCUAACUCCACCACUACUGGAAGAUUCACGAGGGCCACAUCCUACCGCAACGAUCGACGCCGUCAGAGGUCCAAGUCUCGCGAGCGCACUACAUCACGUCACAGUCAUGAGGGAUCCUCUCACUCCCUCACUGGUUACGAUACUGAUGGCUGUACUGACCACGACAUGGACAUAUACAUCGCUAGGAACCCCACUCGUGGAGGACUCGUUCAACUCUAA